CGACGGCCUUUUUCAGCUGAGUCCGCGAUCAGGUCACAGCCAGCGCUGGUUGCCUCCUGACACCCUCAAACACAAUCCGACAAAAUGAUCAUCUACAAGGACAUCAUCACCGGGGAUGAGAUGUUCUCUGACAUCUACAAAAUCAAAGAGUCUGAGAAUGGAAUGAUGAUCGAAGUGGAGGGAAAGAUGAUCAGUAGAGCAGAGGGAGACAUAGAUGAUGCACUGAUUGGUGGCAAUGCGUCAGCAGAAGUUCAGGAUGAGGGCUGUGAGACUGCCACUGUCAGCGGUGUGGAUAUUGUUCUGAACCACAAACUUCAGGAGACCUCCUUUGACAAAAAGUCUUACACAGCACACAUCAAGGACUACAUGAAGGCAGUGAAAGCCAAGCUACAGGAAAGUGCACCUGACAGGGUAGACCCCUUCAUGGCUAACGCACCAGCUGAGGUCAAGAAAAUUCUAGGCAACAUCAAAAAUUAUCAGUUUUUCACUGGCGAAUCCAUGAACCCGGACGGUAUAAUUGGUCUCCUUGACUUCCGUGAGGAUGGAGUCACACCAUUCAUGCUCUUUUUCAAGGAUGGUCUGGAGAUUGAGAAAUGCUAAACUUCCCAAAUGUCUUCAAGUUACCCCUCCAAUUCUGGCUUCUGCUUGAUGGAUUGGAUUCCAUGGAUUAAACAAGUCAUUCCCCCUCAUUCUUUCCAUCAGGACCAGAGGCUCUUUUUAACAUUACGAGGCCGCCGUUUUCGUUUCUUGAUUGGCUUGCGUCCAUCCAUGGCGAGAAGACGUGAACUAUCCAUUCAAAGGAAAUUAAAAACAGGACUUUUAGCAAGCCAAACUGCAAUGUUGAAAAGAUUGUGGUAAAGGAACCGAGUAAUUUGGGGGUUCUCUUUUAUUUCUUUAUCAUGGAGGUGAAGUUGACUUGCUGGCUUCUCAUUUGCUGUGCAUGUCAGCUUCUAGUUUCAGCAGAUGUACAGUUGUAAUUUUCCCCGCGUUCUCAUUGAUUCACAGGAUUGUAUAGGAUUUCUUGGCACCAUUAUUGAAUAAAAUCAAGCUGCUGGCUUAUUAAAGUUUUUGCUUGUUAA